AUGUUUCCAACUUUCAUUAGCAUCCUAGAUAUUCAAUCAUGGUGGGAGGUCCCAAGCAUCGCUCACUUUUGUUCUCUAUUUCGAAGUGCUUUUAAUCUUUUGGAUUUCGAUAUUGAGGACUUGGAAGAAGCUCUUCUAACAGAUGGCACCGAGGAGUCGUCUUGGCUGCAAGAUUUAAUCGUCAGAUUGCUCAGCGGUUGCCUUCCCAACAAUGAAAUAUCCACUUUUAAUUAUCAGAUGUUCCUAAGACGACUGUUUCGUCAAAAAUGUCAAGAACAUGAUCAGUACAACCCGUUUAACACCGAUAUCGACUUUCAGUUACUCCCUUUGAGAACCAAAGUCGACAUUUUACACGCCCUCUGCGAUUUUCGUUUAGACGCCGAAGACGUGCUAGAUCAAUUGAAGAAUUUAGAAGCCGACAGCCUUCGAGUGGAACCAUUAGGAUAUGAUACUAACGAUUCCGCUUACUGGUAUUUUUACGGUACUAGAUUAUACCGAGAAGAUUACACGACAAAAAAUAAUAAGAAAAAAGCCGUGUGGCAAGUGAUUUGUUUUACGGAAGACGAUUGGUUCCAGCUGACUAAGAAGCUGAAAAAAUCGAGUAAUAAAGCUGAUAGACAGUUGCAUCUUACUUUGAGCGAAAAUUUUCUUCCGGAAUUGCCGAGGCUUUUUAAGGAAAAAGAAAAUCUUGCUCGCAAACGUCUGUUAGAAAAUUUGCCGAGAAGAACUUCUAGUCGAUUAAAAAAAUUGGAAACGGAAAAUGAAAAAGACAUCGAAAAGAAAGAGUUCAAUGAUGCCAAAGAAAAACUGAAAGCGGAUAAUCUUUCCUUGGAGGAAGAGACGAAGAAAAAAGAUUUAGAAAUUAGAAGACAGGCGGCUUACGAAAGGCGUUCGAAAUUAAAGGAAAAAAGCGAAGAUGAGAAUUUAGAACAAUCGAAUGAGACGAUGGCGAGUACUAGGAGUAAAAAAUCCAAAACUAAGGAAAAAUCAAAUGUUAAAGAAUUUUUUACAGAUGAGAAGUCUGAGAAAAGUUCGAAACUCAAUAAAAAGCGCGACAAACAAUAUGACGGUGAAACAAAAUUGCUGCUUUCGAAACCGACCACGGUGGGCCGUCAGACUAACAACUCGCUGUCUGCUGCAACCGGACAAAUUCUUAUCGAACCAAUGAAAAAUACGAAUAAAAAGAAGUUGAAGACGUCGCAAGUGUUUCGUCAAACUGACGAAGAUUUACAAACGGGGAUGCAUAAAAUUUUGGAUUUCGUUAAAAGUCACGAAGACGCCUGGCCUUUUACCGAUCCGGUCGAAGAAGAAUACGCGCCGAAUUACUACUCGAUUAUCAGAAAACCGAUGGAUCUGCAACGGAUGGAAGAGCGAUUGGACUCGGGAUAUUAUAAAAAUUUCGAUAAAUUUCGCGGCGAUUUUCAAUUGAUCGUUGAUAAUUGCAAGCUUUAUAAUGGAGCAGAAAAUGAAUAUACGGAAAUGGUCGAUAACCUUCAACAAGUAUUUCAACGAGGCACCGAUAAGUACUUAGACCAAAUAUCUUCAUCGGACGACGAAAUCGCCAUUGAAUUCUGCAACGAAAACAACUCCAAGUCCAAAACCAAAAAAUCCGAAGAACCGAUCACCAAUUCUCGCAGAAAACCGAUGCUAGCAGCCCAAACGGAUAGAAAACGCGAGCGAUCCGAAUCAGAAACGUCUUUGAACAGCAAACGAAGCAGAUCGAGCGAAUCGCCUCUUAGAGAAGUCGUCACCAGGUCUACCAAACAUAGAAAACACGAUCACAUUGAAAACGUAUCGGAAAAAUCGAAAAAAACAAACAAAUCGAAGAAAGAUCGAGACGAAUCCAAAAAGAACGAAAUUAAAAAAGAGAAAUCCAGUUCGAAAAAGGAACUUCGAAAUAAAUCCAAAAAGGCCAGCAAGCGAGAAAAGGAAAAGGAGAAAGAAAAGAGAAUAGAAAAGGAAAGGAAAAUUGAAAAGGAAAAGAAGAAGAAAAUUAAAAGUAAACCGAGCCGGAGUCCGAGUUUGAGCCCGCCUCCGAGCGACAGCCCGCCCCCUUCGAGUCCCGACAGCAGAUUCGAUUACUUUCCUAAAAGUACGUCGAAACGAAAACAGCACGAAGAAUUGUCGGAUUUUGAAAAUCUACCCAAAGAAGGAAAACGACAUUCCCAAACAAAAGACCUAUUCGAAGAUAUCGAAGAAAUCGACCACCAUUUCGAUAAAAAAAUGAAAAAAGACGAUCCAACUUCCAUUUCACCCAAACCCAAAGACAAACACAACAAAUUAAGGGAAACCAUUGAAAAAUUAAAAGCCAAAAGCGAAAUCAAACUAAAAAACGAAUUCGAAUUCGAAGUGGACCAUUCGAAAGAAAAUAAAGAUAAAACGAAGAAAAUAGAAAAAUUGGAAAAAGAAGAAAAGCAUAAUAAAAAUAAAACGAAAGAGAAAUCACAGAAAGUUAUUGAAGUAGAGUUGGAAAGUAAUAAUACUAUAGAUAGUGUCGAAUCGGAGAAGUUGAAGAUAAAUAAACCAACUUCAAACAUGGACGCUCUGAGUAUCGCCACAGAACAAACCUUAAAAGACAUAAAUAAAUGGUUAGACGACACUCCGAAAUUCACGGAAUUCAGUUCAGCGAGCAAUUCACCUUCCUACACCGGAUUGGACGAACUAGACGCCAUCACGAACAAAAUAGAUCAAAUCCCCGGUAAAAAAAUCGACAAACCUCUAACAACCAAAAAAGAACCAUCAAACAGCAAAGAUCCCAAAAAGAAACCAUUCAGAGAUCCAUCGAAGUUCUUCAAAAGGCGCGAAGUCCAACGCACCAUCGACCGAUUGCAACCCGGCAAAAGCAAAGGGAAUCUCAUCGCGAACGUUCAAAACAUCAACAAACAAGACGAAAUUUUUCCCUUGGGUCCUUUAUCUAAAUUGAAAGAUACCAAAAAUUCGUUGAUAGUUAAAACGAACACGAACGCACCGAAACUUAGUUUGGGAUCCGUUUUGGACAGUUUCGGAAAGCAUAAGUUCGAUCAGAAGAAAGAAUCCGAAGUAAAAAUCGUCGAAGAAGUUAAAAUUGAAGAAGUAAAGAUGGAUGUAGAGAGUGUUAGUGUUGCGAGUAAAAAGGUGGAAGAGGAAGUUAAUAAGGAGGUAAAAGAGUUGGUUGUAGUUGAAGAUGGUAAUGGAGGAGCCACUCCGAAUUUGAGCGCUUGGUUUAAAGCUUUCGGCGCGCCGAAAAUACAACCGGUAACCAAAAAGAGCGAAAAAUUGGAAGUUAAAGACGCGGAAGAGAAAACAUUGUUACCGAUUGUUUCUCCAACCACCGAUAGUUCUCAAGGACAACCGGUAUCGAGGCAAAGAAGAAUCAGUACAGGCAGCAGCGUUUCGGAACGAUCCAGCUUCAGUCAAGACAUGGAUUCGCCGCGGGUCGGUAUAGACGAACGCGGCGCGUAUCCCGCACCGUAUCCGUCGCCGUUACACCGAUCGCCUUCGGGAGCGUCGCCUAUUAUGGCUUCACCGCGACCCGAUAUAUCCCCGAAAGCUGCGUAUUCCACUAUCAACGGACAGAUUAGAGUGGGAUUCUAUCAGGAUACCGUAUCGAACAAAAGCAGUCCGGAUAAAUCUUCUCCUAGGGAAAAUUCGCAAUCGCCGUAUCCGCAUUAUCCGGAACAACACGUUUAUACUCCGAAUACCACCGAAAAUGCUUAUUAUUCGUAUACGAAUCCGCCGUACUACACGCACGUUCCUAAUUAUUCCAGUACGAAUCCCACGCCCCCUUACAACACCGAAGGGAAUUACUCGUUUUACGAUGCCAGCAAAUCUUAUACCGCCAAUUCUCCCGCCAGCAAUCAACAAUCGCCGGAUCCGACGGUUGUUAAUUCUCCUAUCGCGCAUUCGCAAAUUUCUCCGGGCCUACAUCCGCAACAUUCUCCUGGCGUACUUUCGCAACAUUCUCCGGGCGUACUUCCGCAACAUUCUCCGGGCGUACUUCCGCAACAUUCUCCUGGCGUACUUUCGCAACAUUCUCCUGGCGUACUUUCGCAACAUUCUCCGGGCGUACAUCCGCAACAUUCUCCGGGCGUACAUUCGCAACAUUCUCCGGGCGUACAUUCGCAACAUUCUCAACAUUCUCCGGGCGUACAUUCGCAACAUUCUCCGGGCGUACUUCCGCAACAUUCACCGGGCGUACUUUCGCAACAUUCUCCGGGCGUACAUUCGCAACAUUCUCCCACUAUCUAUUCCCCACAUUCUCCGACGGUUUUGCCGCAACAAUCGCCGAAUAUUCAACCGCUGCCGAGUAUCGUCAACUCCGUUGUAUCCGAAACAACCGACGAACAAACUAAAAACGAUAAAUCGGCAUUUCCCGUGAAGAAAAGGGCGUACAACGACACCGAACUACCGCAAAUCACGAAUCAACGAUACGAAAUCGAUCCGCGGCUAACCCAGCAAAUCGAAUUGAAGAAAAUUUCGAUUACCAAAGAUAAACCGGAAUCGAAAUCGUACGUCCAUCAAAAUAUCCCCGAUCCGAAGAAUAUAAACGUUCCGGACGAAUUUUUUAACAAAUUUAACAAUUCCGAAUCGAAUUAUCCGUUGAACGUGCCGGUAACGCAAGACAUGUCGAAAUAUACCAACAUGGGUUAUACCGGUCCCGAUUUGAAUACGAGAUCGCAAAGUUAUCCCACUACAUCGAUAUCGACGUCGCAAAAACCGGUUACGACGACCUACGGUAAUCCUAACCUAGCUUUCCAGCAAAUCGAUUACAAGGGGGUGAAAACGACGUGUUCGCAACAAUCGCUUACGAAUUUCGCUACUUCUGCCGCGAAAACCGAAAAUAUCGCCGAUAGACUAUCGACUUACAGCUCGUCUUCGGCCGAUGUCGCGCGAACAAUGGCGAGCUUAUCGCACAUCGUCGAUAGAUUUAACAACGACGAACGGAUGAUGGCGAAUUUACAAAAUUCCUCGUCGUUCUACGCGGAUAAAUCGCACAUUUUGAACAAACCGUUGUCGAAUAGCGCGUCCGGUUUGCCGAUUUUCAGUCAGGCCAAUAUGGCCGCUUUGCAGUCGUAUAACCAAAGUAUCCAAGCGAGUCCGUCUGCUUUGUAUAAUAGACAGUUGACGGAUUUUCAAAAUCAAGGUAUGUUACAGAACGAUUUGAAAAAUAAUCAGCAAGUUCAAAGCGAGGGGAAGAAAACGAAGAAGAGGAAGAGCAGUAAAAAUGCUCCUACUGGCACCAGUGCAGCAGAAACGCAGCCGCAAACUUCCACGAACCAGGGCUUCCAGUCUUACGCUGGUUUAAAGGGAACUUCGUCUCUCGAACCCAGUGCGAUAUCGUUGAAAACUUCCAGUGUAGUGCCGGGUAGUGCUUUCAAUUUCGGUCCGACGCCAGCCGGUUUGGGUAUAAGCCCGGGACUGUACGCCGACAAAGACGGUUACCCGAAUUUCUUGGACGAAUUCCGAUCGGCGCCGAACUAUUACAUGGCGGCCGCGGCGGCUGCGCAUCACCGAUCGGCGCCGGAAAAUUCCGACAAACAAACGCGACCGGCUCAUCAGAACUCCAAUACGCAGUCGUAUCCGUUUUUGGGCGCGCCUCAACGAACUAGUUAUCCCAUCGCGAGCCCGUUCAUUCCCAACGCGCAAGCGCAAUUGAUGGACACCAGCUCGCCGUUGUAUCAACACUACCUGCAGGCGGGUGUGCUGAAUCAGGGGCUGUUACCUCCGCCCGGGGCGUAUCCGCCCGGGUAUCAUCCCGCUUUGAGUAUGAGACAGCCGUACGAUUCUAUGAAUCGGCCGCCGUGGUUGUAG